AUGGCCGACGAGUUGCAGGCGGGGCUCGAGGCCCAGCUCAUCGAGCUGGCAGAAGCCGUUCUCCCCGAGUUUGAGCAGCCAUUCCCAGCGGCUGCACCGCUGGACCGUGGGACUGUCCUGAUAGACAAAGUGAUGAAGUUCACCGACCUGUCGGAGCAGCUCACAGCAACGUCUGCCGAGCUGCGCAGGAGCCUGCGUCGCACGAUCCAGCAGCUGCUGGAGCUGGACCGGCGGGUGCGGCGCAGGGCGAGCCGGCGCGAGGAGGGGGCUCCCCCCGUGAUCCGCGGCGACCAGAUCACAGCCGCCAGCAUCCUCUUCACCGGCUGCAUCAUGCUGGCGCCAGAGGACUGCGCCCCCGGCGUCCAGCUGCUGCUGGGGUCGGGCACCCUGGUGCUGCAGGACCUGGCGGGCAUGCUGGAACAGGGGCACGCCUUUACGGAGAAUGCGCUGACAAGCCUGGUCUACACGCCGCGCUUCCAGGUGGCGGCGAUGCACACCCUGCUGGGCCUCACCCGGCUUGCGGGCGGCGAGGCCCUGGCGAGGGUGGUGGCAGGCUGCGCGCCGCCGGUGCAGCUGGUGGCCUGGAUGGACCAGGUGGUGCAGUCGGCCGCUUUGCUGGAGCAGGCAAUGGGGAGGCCCACAGGCUACCUGCACGCGCGUGUGGUAGUGCCGCUGGCAGAAUGCCUUUGGUUCAUGCACAGGAGCGGGCCCGCCUUUGGUGCACACUUUGAAGAGCUGCAGCAGCUGCAGCUGCAGCAGCCGCAGCAGCAGGAGCAGCAGAGUAUGCGCCGCAAGCUGCUGCUGCUGUUGCUGCCGGCCCUCGCCUCGACAGCGGUGGCGCUGCAGCUGCCGGAGGAGCGUCGCCCGGCUGGAUCCAGCUGGGUGCAGGCUGCCAGCCUGGCGUUUGUGGUGGCCCAUCCAGCGCUGAGGAUUGCCAGGGACAUGCUGGCCGCUGAGGUCCAGCUCGGCUUUGCCACAGGCACCAGCAUCGUGCGGCUGCUGCGGGCUGCGGCGCUGCUGAUGCAGCACGUACCGCUGGAUGAGCUGGCGGCGGAGGAUCCGCAGCGCCUGCCACAGCGUGACGACUUCUGGGUUGCGUGUGCCAUGGCGCGGCUGCUGGCAGCUGCCGCAUACUUGCAGCAUUUCGUCACGGACAGCACACCUGGAGACGUGCAGCAGCAGCGGAAGCAGGCGGCGCUGCUGCUGCCGCUGAUUCCGCCCCUGAGCCGGCUGCUGGGUGCAACGGCUGCGGCUGUGCAGGCAGGCGCUCUCAGCCGGCGCCAGCUUUCCACCAUGUGCAGCUAUGUGCGGGAUUGCCUGCGGCUGCUGCCGCUGGUGGCAGAGGCGGUGCGCCUGCAGCGGCAUGGGGCGCAGGUGGCGGCUGAUGAGCUGGAUGGCGAUCCAGCUCUGCUGGCAAAAUACCUGUGCCGCCUCGCCCACUACGUGGGGUCCACCUGUGUGGGCACAAUGCUGCGCCCUGAGCCGGAGCAGGAGGCCGCCCUGGCAGCCAUGGCGGCCGAUGGAGGGCAGGAGGCUGGCGGCAGCCUGGCGGCGCUGCACUCUGCAGUGGGGCAGCUGCAUGCGGCAGGCUGCCGCAUGGCGCACUGGUGUGCGGCGGGCAGGGCCGUGCUGCUGCCAGAUAUGCUGGGCCCGCUACAGAGAUGGCACCUGGCCAUUUUCCCAGCCAUGACGGCACUGCAGCUGCAGCUGAGGGCCUGCGGCGUGGUGCCGCACCAAGCCGACGUCAGCCUGGGCAAUUACGACAUCAUGGCGCCGCUGCCCGACCCCACCACGCAGCCACCGCGCGUACCACCAAGCAGGUGGCUGCAGGCGCUCUGCGCCACGACCUGGCAGGCCUUCCAGUGUGGGGCCGCCGACUGGCCUCCCACGGAUCGGGAUCAGUACCAUCUUCUUGCGCUACUGGCUGAGUGGGCCCCGGCCGCUGUGGCCACCAGCACCGAGCUGCAGGGCAGGCUGGCUAAGGCGGUGCAGACGGAGAUGGGGGUGGGAAGGCCAUUUGAGGGGCAGGACGACAUGGAGGCCAUCUUUUACGCAGGCUCCGAGCUGCUUCAGGUGGCGGAGCGGUCGCCCGUAGCGACCGCCCUGCUGCUGGGCGGCGAUGAUGUGACUGCCGACGUCGUCACGGCGAGUAUGGUGGGCCUCGCCCUCGACGCAAGCGUCCUCAAAGCGGUGGACCGCAUUGUGGGCCACAUCCUGCGGGCUGCAGGAGGGAUGGUGGCUGCGGCGCAGGCAGAGGCUGCGGCGGCAGCUUCGUGCCCCGGCACGGCCGUGGGUACUAGCGGCGAGCUGCUGACGGCGUUGGGGGAGGGCAUGGCGGCGUUGGAGGCAGUGCUUUACCCGUCUGGUGGGCGGACCGUGGCUCUGGCUGCGCUCGUGCAGCAAGCGAUGGCUGCAGCAGAUGGCGCGUUGCGGCAGCAGGCAGAGGCGGAGGAGGCGCUGCGGCAGCACCUGCUGGACAAUGAGCUGCUGGCAGCACGGCGGCUGGCGGCAGCGCUGCUGCGCUGGUGGCGGCGGCCGCAGCAGGAGGAGGCAGACCGGCUGGAGCUGGCGCAGGCGGCGGCCACCCGCAGCUGCGCCUACCUUGCCUGCGCCAACCUGGGCGCCGAGGGUGGCGCAGGGGCUGGGGAGGGCGUGGGAAGCAAGCGGUGCAGCGGGUGCCGGGCGGUGUGGUACUGCGGCACUGCCUGCUCCCAUGCCGACUGGCGGGCGGGGGGGCACCGCCGGGUGUGCAAGGCGCUGGCUGCGGCGCGGCAGGCGGCGCGGCAGCAGCGCCAGGAAAGGGCGGGGCCCCCCUGA